AUGAAUAACGGUAAAGAUGGUGCUGCCGCUGUCGAUAAAACACUGGCCAUGGAACGCCAUAUGAUAUUUGUUUGCCCCGAAUGUGGCCAGACCACAGAUAGCCAACAUGAGUGGCGACUACAUCUGAACAACAUUCACGAUUAUCAUAACAAAUCUGCAACGGAUUUUGGUUUCCGCAUCAUCGAUAAUAAAUACCAUGAAUGCAAGAUUUGUCUGAAACGACUGACGCAUGGUCUGCAGUCCCUGACACUGCUGCAGAAUCAUCGUUUUUCCCAUCUCAGUUAUGGUGGACCCUUCAAGUGUCGCUACUGUGCUGGGACCUAUGUCAAGAAGCGGACAUUGUCGGUACACCUGUUUCGUUGUCACAGCCAGCUGAUGAAUAAACUGGAUAAUGAGUAUAAAAUGGAGAAAAUGCGUCAGGCCAUAACACUGCGGCAUCCACGCUUCAAUCGGGAGUUCUUCAUGCGUUUCAUUUGUCCGCAUUGUGGGAAAUUAUUUCAACGUUUCGCCGAAUGGCUGGAACACAUAGACAACGAUCAUUUGGGCACAUCGGAGAACUUGAAUAUGCAUCGAAUUAUUCAUUCACGGGAUUAUUUUUGUGAUGACUGCUCGGCAACGCUGAAGAAUGGACCGACACGAGAUCAGCUGAGACGUCACCGUUUCAGCCAUUUGCCUUAUUCGUCGUAUUUCCAGUGUGCAUUCUGUAUCACCCAGAAGUCGUAUAAAACGGAUUUGUUUUUACAUUUCAUACGCUAUCAUAGGGCGGAAUUUUUGAAGAAUAAAAAAUAUAUAAGUGCCCCCAGCGAAUGGGCGGGACCCGCCAAAGCCAUGACCCUGAGACAAAUACAAAUCUAUAUGGCCGAUGAAAGGCCCGAGGUGAUUGAGAAGAAGAGGCAAACGCAAGCUGCUAGUGUAAAGCGGCCUGCCCUGCCGCCAUCCAGCCGGGUGGAGGAUAUUCUACAAAAAGCCUUAGCUGAAAGUUGCAUCGAUUUGCAGCAGGAACAAGAGGAGGCCGAACAAGAAGAUGCCCUUGCAAAUAUUGAGGUGGAAUUGAGUGACAGCGAUCUGGAGGCAAUUUGCCUGGAAAUGUUCGAAGAGAUCCCCGAGGAGAAUGAGGAACCCCUGAAACGCUUUCGCUCCGAUCAAACCCUAUUGGAUUUACAAAAAAGAGAAAUGCAAAAAUACAUCAAUUAUCUGUGCCCAGAGUGCCUCAAAGAAUUCGACAAUCAACCCGAUUGGCGCAGCCAUGUUUUUGACGAUCACAACCUGGCUACUGCCAUUAAAACCAAGUUCCAGGCAAUGAAUGAUCUCAAGACAUCGUAUUUAUGUCUAUCAUGCUAUCAGCUGCAGAAAACCUCGAAGCAUAUCGACUUGCAACGCCACUAUUUCCAGCACAUGCCACAUCAGAGCUAUUUGAAAUGUAAUCUCUGUAAGAAGACCAAAUCGAGUAAAUCGCGAAUGUUGCAACAUUUGGAUUUUGUGCAUCGCAUUAAAAUGUCGCAUCUGAUGCCACCCACCAUCGGCCAUAGAGCUCAAUGUUUGGAGUGUGAUUCUGCGUUUGAGGGAUCACUGCCGGACCAUUUGAAACACUGCACUGCCCACCUAAAGCCCUUGUCGAUAGCCCAAUAUGAUAAUAUAGCCAAGAAUACCAGGCUAUUGGACCAUUUGAAAAAAACCAGUCAACGUUUAGAUAAAAUGUUAUUAGAAUUAGGUAUAGAUGCUAGUCAAUUUUAG